UAAUUGGUGACAUCAUCAGCACAAGUGAGGAUUUAAACCGCAGCGCGAGAGGUGAUUUGGAUUCCGUGGUUUAUCGUCGUCUCUGUUGUUACGCUUUUACAUCGAGAAUCUCGUGAUGCCUUCAUCUGCCGCCGCCCUGGAGGAUCUGAGCGCUGUCAUGGACAUCUUUGUGCGCGAGUUCUGCGCCAGCUGUGAAGGAGGCGCGGGGAGCAUCUCCAUGAGGAAGCACGCGCUGCAGAAACUGCUCGUGAAGCACAUGCGGCCCUACCUGGCGGGCGCCUGCGACCCAGAUGAAGUGCGCAAGAUCAUGGGGGAUCUUCACGAGAACCAAGGCGCCAGCGUGGACUUCCAAGCGUUCAUGGCCACGUGGACGCGGAUUCUCGUGGCCGGCCAUGCCCCGUUCCAUGAGCGCGUGUUCCUCACCAAGGGGCCCUGUGGCACACCCAUUGUUGCUGAUAAGCCAUAA